AAACGCUGCGCUUUAAUGUGCUGGAAGUCCAGGAGCACUUGGAAACGUUUUUCGAUCGAAAGGAUCAGGUCUUAGAGUGCUUGGACGCUGUGAAGACGUCGUGCAAGUUAUCGCUGUUUAAUGAGUCGGAUGUAGCCGCCUCAGGUUUGGAGAUGCCCAGCUGCUCCAGCAUUGCUUAUAUGCCCUUCGAUCCCGCAUCGACUGAGGUGGUGUUGGACUUGGGACGGUCCUUGUAUAAGCUCAUGUUUCAGCUACUCUUGCUUAUCGAAUCCAAUCAUAAAAUAUCUUCGAAUGUUGUGAAUCAUUUUCGUAUUAAUGAAGACAUGCAUGACAUAUCUGAUCUCUAUGCCCUGGUGCGCGAUGCUUUGGUGCGUUGUACCAGCGAGGCUGAUCUCGAUUGCCUGGAGUCGUCGACCUCAACGGAGGGCGAGCACACGCCCACACCCUCGCCCGGCCUGCCCAUGACCCAGGAAGAGUUCGAGUCUGCAUUGAACGAUCACAUUGAUCAACAGCGCUGGCCGAGUGCCAUUUCCCAUGUGCGUCAAUAUAAGCGCAUUACCACUCUGAAUGCAGCCGAUCAAAACCUGACUAUCUUCAGCUACAGUAAUUUGGAUAGUCGCUUGAAGUUCGAUGAGAUGUCGAUCAUAUUGAAUGCCUAUGCUCAUAGCAUUAUGAAGGAUCGCACUGAGGCCUUUAUUGUAUCGAAAUCGGAUUCGGAACUAUUUGAGGUGUAUGCUAUUCUAUCCGAGAAUUUGUAUCAUGUCUCCAGUGCGCUUACCAACAUGGAAAUCGACAUGAAAAGCUACUCGGCCAGUGCAGCCUCAGGGAACUUGCAUCGCAGCGAACAGGACAUUGUGACAAAUCUUUAAAUAUAUACAUAUGAGAAACAUAUAUAACUAAUACUACACUAGACGCGAGGGGCGUACUUUAGUCUCUAAGCACUUUUUAUAGCCACUUUAGAUAGAUGCAUGAAGCAUUGUAGGCCCUAAAAUUCAGAUCAAGGCUAUUUGUAUUAUUGUGUACGAACAAAUAUGUUUUAUGAAUAAUUUAAUUACACAUUAAAUGUUUUAUCUUA